AUUUGUGCAAUCGACGUAGCACCAGAUGGUGAGCGCGUUGCGACUGGCAGCAAGGAUGGAAAAAUUCGGGUUUGGAGGUGGAAUGGAAAAACUGCGAAGAUGAUGGCCGAAUCAAAGAAUCAUACUGCUGCAGCAAAUUGCGUAUGCUGGAGUCCACAUGAUGGUGACCAAACGCGUAUGCUUGCAAGCGCCUCUUAUGACUCUACCCUCCGCUUUUGGGAUCUCAGCACCAAGCGAACAAUUGGCCAACCACUCCUACAUUCCGCGGAUCUCACCUGUGCAGCGCUCGCAACCAAUGGGAAUUCAGCAGCUACCGGUACUUCCGACGGCGAGGUCUACCUUUGGGAUAUA